UCGAAUAGUGUCAAGAUGAGGAUUUUCAUCGUACUUUGCUUGGUGGCGGCUGCGGCUCAUUGUCAGGUGACUAAAGUGGAUUGGCAUACCGUCAGCCCCAUCGAAGUCUUUCCGAAAGACUACAACUUAGAUCGUUGGGCCAAGAUACUCGAGGAUGCAGAGCGCGUAAAUCCGACGCGUAUCGUUGGAGGAGAAGAAGCUACGCCUGGACAAUUCCCGUAUCAAAUUGGCCUUCUUUCCACCAAUGCCGCGGGUUCGACCGGAUUCUGCGGUGGUUCGAUCCUAAAUGAAAAUUGGGUACUAACCGCUGCUCAUUGCGUCGAUGUUGCGGUAUCCGUAGAAGUUAUUGUCGCUGCUCACAACAUCAAUGAACCCGAAGAAGGACAAUACAGAGUUCCAGCCCAAAAAAUCGUCGUUCACGAGAAUUGGGACACAGCGACCAUUAGAAAUGACUUGGCAGUGCUUCGGCUCGCCUUUCCUAUCGAAUACUCCAACCGUGUCCAACCAAUUCGUCUGCCAAGUCGGUCACAGGUUGGGCAAACAUUCGCUGGUGAAACGGGGAUCGUAUCCGGUUGGGGAAGGGAUUCCGAUUCGUCCAACAGCGUCAGUCCCGUUCUUCGCUGGACGCAGAAUCCCAUCACCACAAAUCUUGCGUGCAGCAUAUAUUACUUUUUCCAAAUCAACAGCGCUCAAAUAUGCUUGUCUGGAGAGGGAGGCCGCUCUUCGUGCAACGGCGACUCUGGAGGUCCCUUGGUGAUUGUUGAAGACGAUGGCAUCGCGACCCAAGUCGGUGCUGUGUCCUUCGGGAUCGCGCUUGGAUGUUCUGUUGGAUGGCCUGGUGUUUACGUUCGUCUUACAGACUACUUAGACUGGAUCGUGGAACACACCGAUAAUGAAAUCUUCAUCAGAGAUUACGUGCCGUUCUUUGACGUAUUACUACGAAAAAGUGACUGCACAAUGAAGGUCCUCGUAGCGCUUUGCUUUGUCGCAGCUGUGGCUCAGGCCUACGACAUAGACUGGAGCCAAGUCAGCCCCAUCGAAGUAUUCCCCCCAGACUACGAGGGUUUUCUCAUCAAAAAACUCAAGAAUGUGACACCCUUGGACGCGAGCCGUAUCGUAGGGGGCGAAGUGGCCACCCGUGGACAGUUCCCUUACCAAGUUGCUGUGCUUUCCACCAAUGCAGCGGGUGCGACCGGAUUCUGCGGUGGUUCGAUCCUCAAUGAAAAUUGGAUUCUUACUGCCGCUCAUUGCGUCGAUGUUGCGGUGUCCGUGGAAGUUGUUUUCGCAGCCCAAAACAUCAAUGAGGAUGAAGAUGGACAGUUCAGCCGCACGUCCACCGAUAUCAUUGUUCACGAGAGUUGGGAUGCUGCGAACAUCAGAAAUGACCUCGCUCUGAUCAAGCUUGCCGAGGCCAUUGAAUACUCCGACCUCGUUCAGCCAACUCGGCUGCCAAGUCGCUCCCAGGUCAGCGAAACCUUCGCUGGGCUGACCGGAACUGUAUCUGGUUGGGGACGCGAUUCCGACUCAUCGAACAGCGUGAGUUCCGUUCUUCGUUGGACCUCAAACCCCAUCCUGACAUACUCCGCUUGCCGUUCGUGGUACUGGAGCUUGGUCAACACUGACCAGAUUUGUCUGUCUGGUAGCGGAGGCCGCUCUUCAUGCAACGGAGACUCUGGCGGUCCGUUGGUCGUCACUGACACAGAUGGUGAAAUAACCCAGGUUGGUGUUGUUUCCUUCGGAAUAUCUCUUGGUUGCGCUGUUGGAUGGCCCGGAGUUUACGUACGUCUGACCGAUUUCUUGGACUGGAUCGAAACCAACACUGGCGGAGAUAUCGUUAUCAGCAAUUAAUCGCAUGACUGAUAUUACGCAUUCCACCGUUAUAACGUCAAAUGUACCACGGAUGUAAUAAUUGGAAUAAAUGAAUCAAAACUUA